UUGGUUAUUUUCGCACGAAAGCUCUCUUCUUCUCAUAUUUUAUGGAAUAAGGCGGAGAUAAUAAAACACACGGUUAUUUAUUAUUUCGAUAAAUAAAUAAAAUGCCGUCAUCAUGACGUAAGCGAUGGGAGAACGUGCAGUAUGAGCACAGAGAUUGUGGAUGAAAGCGACAUGUCGGCCGUUGGGGAAGAAUAUCCAGAAGCAGAAGAGUAGAAUUUUGAAAAGACAGAGGGCCGCUUCAAAAAGGAAAGAACCCUCCUCUUCCUUCCCUUCGAUCGUCUUCCCUGUUGAAUUUUUCCUGAUUUUCUCUGCAUUUCUUUUGGUCUGCGAUUUCUGAAAGUCUCACACUUGAUUCGACGUAACAAUCGUUUACGGAACUGGUCGUUCCCAUCUCGUCGUUUCGAUUCCGUUUCGGAUGCCGACUCUCGUCUCCUUUCUAGGGUUUUGUUGAGUUCGUGGCCUGGCAUUUGCCCAACUUCGCAAUUCGAUCGAAGGUCACGCUCUCAAGUUUGUCGGAUCCUUUGGGCGUCUGCUUCUGAAGAUGUCAGGCUGUGAUGAGAUUAGAGAGAUAAUAUCAGAUGCUGAGGAUGAAACACGGUGCUCGAGGAUCGUGAAUCUGAAGAAGAAAGCCGUUAGUUGUUCAGGUAGAUUUACUCAUACUUUGAAGAGGAAAGGCAAGAGGAAAAUCGAUGACCAGAUUCAUUCUAUACACAUCGAGGACCCGAGGGAUGAGAAAGAGGAGAAGAUCGUUCUCGAAUUCAGACAAGUCCUACUUGAUCGAGAUUUGCUGCCUCUCAGACAUGAUAAUUACCAUUCUUUGUUGAGAUUUCUGAAAGCUAUGAACUUCGCUAUCGAGAGAGCUCUCACGGCGUGGGAAGAAAUGAUUAAAUGGAGGAAAGAGUUUGGAACAAAUACCAUAUUAGAGGAUUUCAACUUUGAAGAAUUGGAAGAAGUAUUAAGGUACUAUCCUCAAGGGUAUCACGGCGUUGACAAAGAAGGACGGCCUGUCUAUAUCGAGAGACUGGGAAAAGCUCAUCCGAGUAAGCUUAUGGGUGUGACCACCAUAGAUCGAUAUCUGAAGUACCAUGUACAGGAAUUCGAGAGGACCCUACUCGAGAAAUUCCCUGCUUGUUCAAUUGCGGCAAAGCGGCAAAUCAGUUCAACAACCACGAUACUUGAUGUUGAAGGCCUGGGUAUGAAGAAUUUUACGCCUACCGCUGCAAAUCUCCUAGCCGCCAUUUCUAAAAUAGAUUGCAGUUAUUACCCUGAGACUUUGCACCGAAUGUUCAUUGUCAAUGCAGGAAUCGGAUUCAGGAAUUUGCUUUGGCCUGCUGCCCAGAAGUUUCUUGAUCCAAUUACUAUUUCAAAGAUACAUGUUUUGGAGCCGAGAUCAUUGUCAAAGUUACUACAAGCAAUUGAUUCCAGUGAGCUUCCAGAUUUCUUGGGGGGAUUAUGCAAGUGUUCUAACAAGGGAGGGUGCUUGAGGUCUAAUAAAGGACCAUGGAAUGAUUCUGAAAUACUCGAGCUUGUACACAGUGUUGAAUUAACGCCUUUUCCGCAAAUUGCAAAACCGCCAAUUCUUCAAAUGGAUUAUGAUGCGCUCGAAUGUCCGAGCUCACCCAAGGAAAGAUGCAACGGCGUUUUAACAGAGAGAUUCAAUCCAUGUUCGAAAGAUCCUUUCUGUUCAAAUGGGCUGAGUUCUUCAACAUACACUUGUUUAGCUCCAAUCUCUGAAGAGGCAAAUUGCAGUGCUAGCACAUCAGAACGAACCUGUGGAGAAUGGCCUCAGGCUCAGUUGCUUGACCCGAGUCGGACAGGUCCUCGAGCAGUUGGGUGGUUCGGCACUGUUAAGGAAAUGAUCAGCAGAAGAUAUCUCCACUCUGCACUGAAAGCACUGGCAACUUUUCUGCUGAAACUAGUUGCUCCUUCUCGUUUCCUGUGGCCUUGUAACUGCAGAAGAAAUAGCCAAAUCGACAUGUCCAAUCCAUUGGACAGAAGCCGGAUUCUUCAGUGCGUGGAUCGUCUUCAGAGGCUGGAGAUUGAGUUGGAAGAACUCAAGAAAAAACCCGUGACGAUACCAUCCGAGAAGGAGAAACUUCUAAUGGAAUCGCUCGAGAGGAUCAAGACGCUGGAACAAGACCUCGAUAAAACGAAAAGAGUAGUAAACGACACAAUAUCGAAGCAGCUCAAUAUUACAGAAGCCCUAGAAGCUAAACAUCAACGAAGAAGAAGAACACUCUGCUGCAAAUGAAGCCAUGCAUGAAGAAGAACACACUGCCCAUUUUGCAGAAACGGUAAAAAGAAAAAAAAAACUUUGACGAUUAUUCAACAUGGUAAGUGUACAUAACGUUCAUUGAAUUGAAGUUACUUCU